CAAAACGCGCGGCACAUAGUAACCCAAACAGUCUCUUCACGCUGGUGAAGGAUGUUAAUUUUGCUCAAACUGAACUAAAGCUUUGGUCUUUGUGGCUUCCACUGAUGUGAUGUUUUGGUUUAACGGUUCCGGUUUAACACAAUGCAAAGUAACGUAAAACAGCCAGAUCCAGUCAGACCAGUAAGACCCCGACCGAGCAGCAGCAUUUCUGAUGGUCUAAGAAAACAAGUCCGCAAAGUUCACAGCAGAAAGGUUCCUUACAGAGUUGGUUACAGCUGGAACAAAGGCGGACGACUCAAGGAGCUGAGAAUAAGGCACUUGGCGAGGAAGUUCCUGAAGAUAUGGAUGCAGAACACCUUUGGCCGGAUUCUUCCUCAUAAAGCCAACUGGGUUCACACUGAUCAACAACGGAUGCGUCUGGUGUGGGAACGAUGGGAAGAUUUCACAGAAAUGAGGCGAAUGAAGAACCGAAUGCUCGAAUCGGCCCUUGAGCAGAACAAACUGGCAACCCUGCACUCAGCGUGGAGUUUGUGGCAAGCUCGGCUGCAGCAGCGUGAAGACCUUCACACUUUAGAGGAUGAAGCCCUGAGACAGAGGGCGCGAGCUUUGCAGCGCAGGGCUUGGCUUCAGUGGAAAGAAAUGCACACAGCUGCUUGUUGCCAGAAAGAGAAAGAAUCCAGAGCUGCACUUCACUUCAUCCUCACACUGAAAAGAAAAACAUUACAUAGUUGGAAAACAUAUGUGUCCUGUUUCCAAACCAAGAAAAAGUCACAAGCUGUGGCUCAACGUGCCUGCGAUGUGCGCCUUGUGAUGAUGUGUUGGAGAAAAUGGAGCAAUACGUUGCAUCAUAAACGGAGCGCUGAAGACCGUUUGGAAGCUGCAGAGCACUUGGCCGUACAGAGCACGCUGCGCAGGGCGCUGGAGCGCUGGAAGGCUUUAGAUAUGAUGCUGUGCAAAGAAGAGGCUGAAAGAAACAGGACUGCAAUUCAACAUCAUCAUCAUCAUCUGCUGCGUGCUGGACUGCAGGGACUUUCUCUCAACGUCCUCAGGAACAAAACCCAGCGACUGAACAACAACAUGGCUGUCCAACAUCAUCAUCAAACUAUGACAUGCAAGUAUUGGAAGCUGUGGCAGGACCGUCUGGAGGAAGCUGAAGACAAGAGUUUUCAACCCCUAACAGAAAUGGCACUGACUCACCACAGAGCAUCCCUGUUGAGCAGCUGUUUUCACCACUGGGGAGAGAAACUGUCUGAACUCAGACGCAUGCAGGAAUUGGAGCGUCGUGCAGACAUUUGGUUUGCUGAGCGUGUGUUGCCUCGGUGUUUCGACUCGUGGGUUGAGUUUACACUGCAGAAAAGACGCCAUAAACAGAUGAGACACAAGGCAGAAGCCUUUAAUCGGCAGCGUCAGUACGCUUCAGUGUUUUACACCUGGUGGGGACGUUCAGAGGAACACAAGGAGCAGAUGCUUUCUGAGCGGAUGGCGAUUCUACAUGCAGAGCGCUGCCACGUGCAGCGAGCCUGGACUCGCUGGAGGCAACGGACGGAAGAACGGAUGGAUCAAGAGGAGAAACAGAAAGCUUCAGACCGACUGUACAUGCACAGACUUCUGCACAAGACGAUGACACAGUGGAAGGACACCAGCACCGAGAUACGAGACAGGAGAGACCGAGAGCAGCAGGCUUGUCAUCAGGCUGACCUGCGCUGCAUGAGGUGGGCUGUGAAUAAAUGGAAAAAGUUUGUACAGAUCCAGAGAGUGAAGAAAUGCCAUCAGAAUCAGAUGCAGCGUUACUAUGAAGUCAAACUUCUCAAACGCACGUUUGUGGCCUGGAAGAAACACCACCUGCACAUGUGUCAGAUCUACGGUCAUGCAGAGCAACGUUACAGGCAACAAAAACAGAACUCUCUCAGGUCGGUUCUGUGUGUUUGGAGGGAGAACACAGUGCUGCUGACGGAGGUCAGGCUCAGAGAACAGCAAGCACAGAAUCACUUUCAGCAUUUCCUUCAACUCAAGGUGUUACAUGCUUGGAGAGAAGCAACAACACGUGCAGUGUCAAAGCGCCACCAGCAGGAGGAAGCAAUCGACAAGGUUCAGAGGUCCGUAAAUCAAGUGCGGCUGCUGCGGUCUUUCAGACGAUGGAGGGAACGAACCAGAGAGGCUCGGAGAGAGAGGAUACUUUUGGAAAAAGCCAGGCGGCACCAUAACUCCAAACUCCUCUCUAAAGCUCUGAAAGGCUGGAAUAAGCAUCACAGCCAGUGUCAGAAAAAUAAGGUAAUGAAACGACAGGGAAUCCUUCUGCUCAGAUUAAAGAUGUACCAGACGUUCUUUGAACAGUGGAAAAUUAAGCUGCAGCACAGACGGAGAGAGGCUAAGCAGACGGAGCGAGCACUCUGGCACUGGUCUCUCACUCUUCAGGCCAAGGUGUUGUUUGGAUGGAGGCUGUGGGUCACAGAGCAGCGCAGAAAACGAGAGCAGGCGGCCAGAGCUGCACAGAUCUAUAGAGACCAGCUGCUGAGGGAGGGCGUGACGUGCAUCCUCUCGUAUGCUGCUCACAUGAACGAUCUAACAACGACCAUAACACAACACAGCCAAGAGCAGAGGUCACGACGUCUCCAGAGAGUGGUGAGGCGCUGUGCUAUGCGGUGGAAGCAGCGAGCGCUGUGUAAACCGCGAAGAGAGCAAGAGAUCAAAGAGCAACAACCGAAAAAGAGCGUGACCUUCUGUUUGACGACACCUGGAUCGAAGAGCGUUUCCCCGUCUGACCCAGAGGAGCAGGGAGCUGAAGGGGGAGUGCUAAGCAAUCUAGUGCUCAGCCGUGCACCUCGACGUCAGCCACGACGCUGCGUGGAACUGUUCGAGUCUCCACUGAACCUAAACACCCAGCAGCAGACUGCCGUCACUGAGCCAGUUGCGUAUCCCUCGCAGCUCAUUCGUCCCUCACAGGAGGGCCACCGCACACCGCCAUCCUGCCUCCAUCCUCCCAAACUCCCUGUUGCGUCCGCAGAUCGGAGCAUCAUCACAUCUAACAUUUCACCCUCUGAACCUCACAUGUUCACUGAGGACGCUCCUCAGGAAACCCAAAACUAUGACAUUCUUUUACCUCCGUCUGCUUUCAUGACCCCUGCGACUGAGGAUACGAUUAACAGCUCAGGUUUUGGUAAAGAUGCUCCGCAUGUGCCUCCCUUUCAGCAACUCUCAUCAGCUUCUUCAGACGCACGUGUGAGAGAAGAUGUAACGAUGGAUCCAGCUUCAGCUCUGACAGAAGAGCUGCUCAGUAUUCAGCUGGACAUGAUGACAUACCAAGAGGACAGGAAGCAGCUCAGAGCAUGGCAAAAACUGAAAGAGGUUCUUCAAAGUUGGCUGCAGACGAGUGGAAAGGACGAACAGUUGGAGAAAAAUGCUGUUUUUCAAGAGUUAAAAGAGUUGGAGGAGCGCAUCGACAGACUGUCCGCCGAACUGGCAAAACGAAAACCAACGAUGCUGCUCCAUGCAGAGAGGAUCCGACAUUUACAGACGGCCCUCCAGGCUUCAGGAGUUUAUUUUCUCCAUCGAAAAAUAAAAGAGACAGAAACGGAUCGCUCAGUGUUUACAGCGUGACAGGAAAUAGUGCCUCACACACUAAAGUGAUUACACUUGCCGACUGUUUGGACUGUUGAGAUCACAUUUCUAAAAAUAUUCCAAAGACCGACUUGAGACUUGAAUGAGCUUGGAAUAAACUGGACAUUCCUGCUGGAAACUGAUAUCCUAAUGUCCAAAUAUUGCUAUUUAUUGCUGUUGAAUAUCAUGUAAAGUGUCUUAAAAUUGACUCAGCAAUAAAGCCGAGAUCCUCACAGCAGCUUUCACUGCUACAUCUACACUUAAAGUCUGCGAGAGCGUUGGAUAGGGGUCGUCCUUGUGACAGAUGGUCCUAAAUAUUUUCCAUAUGUGUGCAAAAAGUCACUUUAGAGGAGCUGCCCUUGCGCAACAGGCUUUGUAUUUAUCCGUUAGUACCAGCGUCUGUGAUACUUUAGGAAAUCUAUGCAGGAGUUUCAGGGAUUUCUGACUGAAAGGACAGCUGUCUGUUGUGCUCUGCAGACAACAUAAGACAGAUUGAUCCAAAUCUUUGAUCAGCUAUAGGGCAGCAUGCGAGGACUUUUACUCUUUUUCAUCGUCAUCUGCUGCAGCAGGGGUGAGUUAUGUUGCUGAGCUACUUUAUCUGCUUUCAUUGUUAAGUUAUUUUGUGCUCAUAGUCUCAUUCUGUUGUUGAAUGUUCAAAGUCUUUUAAUACUUUUGUAGACAUUUAAUUCUUGUUGCCCUCUUUCUGGAGCUUUUUUAAAGACAUUAUUAAAAUGUAUUUAAGCAUUA